UCAACGUUCGUCUGGGAAUUCCAUGGCGAGCAUUUUACUACGUUUUCUCCACGUUUCUUUGAACAGCGGUUCAAGCAGUGUUCAUUUUCGCUUAUUUAAAGUCUUGGGUUCUACUACAAGGGUAUUUAAGAGUUCGCUUUGUCUCGGUUGAUGUAAUUUCCCCCGAGUCUUACCUCUGCAACUGUAACACGUGGAGCCUUUUUUAUUUUGAAAAUGGAACCUACUCCUGGCGAAAAAACUGCAAAGUUUCUGUUGGACGCGUCUCUGCUGUAUGAGGAGAAAUGCCCGGAGCUGUCACGGUUCCUCCUGCAGCUGCCUUUCAAGGUCAAAGGACUGCAGAAGAAAAACAGGCAGACCUUGUCCAGAUUGUUGCAGAGCGUCUCAGUGUGUACGUACUGCUACCAGUGGCUGAAGCCUGACAAUCACCGGGUGCGUCUGCGGCCAAAGCGCCGCCCGUCGGCACGGGUACAGCGAGUCCUGCUCAGGCAGGCCAGAGGAAAACGGCUGAGCCUGGUACAAAAAAAGCUGCUGCUCCGCUUCCAAAAGUCCCCUUCGGUUCUGAUGGCCACCUGCCAUGCUUGCAGUAAGACAUCCAUACACAAAGGUGUGAACAGAGAUUUUAUGGCCAGCUUCGCUAAGACCCACAGCACACCAGGGAGCGCUGGAAAAUACAAGACCCCCCAGUCCGGCAGCAGAUCCAACACGACCACGCCCAAGUCCCCAGGCAAAGACAAGACACCAUCUCAUACACCGAGAUCCUCCAUUACUUCCACAAUUUCAGGGUCAAGUACAUCUUCCUCCAAGUCUUCCUCUAAAUCCAAAAACUGGGUCGUUCAGCGUCUCAGCAAGAUUCUCACCCGAGAGGACAACCAGGGCAAAAAGAAGGGAGGCUUGAAGGAUUUCCUCUCCUCACUUUGAGGGUCUCGCUCACUUUUUCGUCUUAAAAAACAAGAGGGACCAACGUUCCAGUUUGUCUACACCAGAGGCUAACGAGAAACUUAAAUGGUUUAAGUUUCCAAGGCGGUGUGGCAAGGGUCAGCGUUGCUGGGCUGAUUGAGAGGUCGCUCCUGAAUGUCCUAACAUUCGUAACUGGGAGCAUUGAGCUUUUAAUGAGUUCCCGCAUGUUCUGCUGCUCAGGCGAAGGGGAAUACUUCUUGGAAACUCCCGAACUGCAGCUGGUUCUCUUACAAUGUCUCUACUAUUUUGAGGCCAUGUCCAUCACAACAAGCUGGUUUUCUUCAAUGUUUCUACACCCACACAUUUAUGACAUAAAUGUAGAACAAACUGAUGUCAUAUAAUGUGGUGUUAAAAGGCUUCUAUUUGAAUCUAUUGACAAACUCUUAGAUUUUGGUCUAUCUGUCAGUGUAUAAGCAUAGGCAGGCUGACAGAUCAUCCCUCUGUAUAUAUUUUGAAAUAGCAGUUUUGUAUAUUUAUAUACAUUUUUGAAAAGUUUAAGUCACCAGUGACUAUUCAUAACUUUUACUGAGGAAAAAAAAAACACUGGUUGUUGUUUAUGUAAUGCAGAUACAUUGGCCUGUAAUCUGUACAGAAACGUUUUAUGUUUUAUUGUCCGAACUUUUUUUUUUAAUUUUUUGAUUAUCAAAACUCAAUGUUUGAUAACUUCUUUUGGUUAUAUACAGUAAGUCACUCUUUUAAACAUUUUCUCAAGAGAAGGAGUAUUUGUAAAUCUAGUGCAUAUUUGUACUGACUUAUUUCUUACUCUGUUUAAAUACUGUUCAGUGAAUAGUAUUCUGAAAUACCUCACAUUUAUAUUCAAUCUCUGAUUCUAAAAUUAAACCCUUUGAAAAAC